AUGAACAGCUUUAAUACAGAAGCGUUCACCCUGCUAGGAAUAGCCAUUGCCGUCAUUGGUCUUCGAACGACUGCAAGAUGGAUUAUGGUUGGCCCAAGAGGGUUCCAAGUUGAUGAUUAUCUGAUGCUGGUGGCAUGUGUGGUGUAUGGAUUAGAAACCGGUGCUGCAUACAUGGUCGGGGCAUGGUUCAUGGGCCUUGCCAAUAAUGCGAUGACGGAUGAGCAGCGAAAAGAAUUGUCUCCUCAUUCGGAGGAGUAUCGUCUGCGUGUGGGUGGUUCCAAGGUCCAGGUAGCUGGCUGGUCAUUAUACACUCUGCUACUAUGGUUGCUGAAAACAUGCAUGGCCGUUUUCUACUCUCGAUUGACCGCCGGCUUAGUGAAUAUGCGAAUCCGAAUCCACAUCGCCUACGUUUUAAUCGCCGUCACUUAUAUUGCUACGAUCUGCUCGAUUCUCUUCGGAUGUCAUCCAAUCGACAAAAAUUGGCAAAUAUAUCCAGACCCUGGGAAUUACUGUCAGCCCGCCGUGUCCAAGAUUGACAUCUAUGUCACCGUCGUACUUAAUGUUGCGACCGACCUCUAUCUCAUUAGUAUUCCGGCGCCGAUGCUUGUCAAAGCCCGACUAAAGUGGCGGGAAAAGCUCGAGCUGCUGAUUCUUUUCAGUGGUGGUCUAUUCGUUAUGAUGGCGGGUAUUCUGCGCUGUGUUCUCAUUUUAACGGCUGGCGCAAAUGGUGCUCAACAAGCCGGCAGCUGGGCCUGCCGUGAGACCUUCGUCGCCGUUAUAAUCGGCAAUACCCCCAUGAUCUACCCGUUGGGCUAUCCUCUGUCAGAUGCCGACACUGGCGGUGGCGGGUAUGCUAGACGCAAGAAGUUCCGCCAUCCUCUAUCGAUUCCUGGAGACACCCAGUGGAAUACAAUCAGCGAUGAGCAAAUGAUAUUACCUACCUCACGACAGCAACCAGCCACAUGCACCGCUGGCGACGGUGACUGGGAGUCUCACAGCCAGGGCAGCCAGACUGGAAUCAAGGUUGUUCAUGAAACAAUCGUUCACAGUAGCGAGAAGUCUCCUCGGCUAUAG